AAUCGAUUAUUGCAUGUUCAUAUAUAGUCGUAGAUUAAAAAUCGGUACGGUCAGUACCUAUAUUGCUGUCGCGUAUUUCAUUUCACUAUACAAAACUGCCGCUGCAGUGCUAAUAAGCCAUUUUUCUUCCUAUUUUUUGAUAUAAAGCGAUUUUUCACUUUAUCAUUAUUAUUAUCAUCGAGCUGACGACCGCUAUCAACAGUAUCAACACGACUACACAGAAAAAUUCGAGUCUAUAAAAAUAAGUAAACUUUUGAGUCGAGUUGUGUGUGAAAUAAAAUUGUGCGGGACUUCGUUUGUCAAACGAAGUUUGUUAAUCGUGUUGAAUCAUGGCUGGCUCUGGUGAAAAUUGGUGUCUCAUUGAGAGUGAUCCUGGUGUUUUUACAGAAUUAAUUCGAGAAUUUGGGGCAACAGGAGCUCAAGUCGAAGAAUUAUGGUCCCUAGAUGACGAUCAAUUUGAUAAUUUAAAGCCGAUCCAUGGUCUAAUAUUCCUAUUCAAGUGGGUUCAAGAUGAUGAACCUGCUGGAACUCUAGUUCAGGACAACAGAUUAGAUAAAAUAUUUUUUGCCAAGCAGGUGAUAAACAACGCCUGUGCGACACAAGCAAUAGUCAGUGUUUUGUUAAAUUGCAAACAUCCAGACAUAUCACUCGGUCCCAAUCUCCAGGCCCUCAAGAACUUCUGCCAAGGUUUUGAUGCUGGAAUCAGUGGAUUGGCUCUCAGCAACUCCAAUGUGAUAAGAAAAGUUCACAAUUCCUUUUCAAGGCAAACUCUUUUUGAAUGGGAUUGUUCAAAGUCGUCCAAAGACGAGGAUGUUUUUCAUUUCGUUAGUUAUCUUCCAAUCGAUGGUCGGCUUUAUGAGCUCGACGGCCUUAAAGAGGGUCCAAUGGAUCUAGGCCCGUGUCCACCCGGUGAUCAAUGGGUACAAGCUGCGAAGCCAAUCAUUCAAAAAAGAAUAAACAAAUACAACGAGGGAGAAAUCCAUUUCAAUUUGAUGGCCAUAGUUUCCGAUCGUAAAAUGCUUUACGAGCGACAAAAAGCGAACGUUUGUGAGCCGUUGGAAGUAGCACGACUGGAAUCUUUGAUCGAAGAAGAAAUCAACAAGUCGAAACGUUAUAAAAUCGAAAACAUUCGUAGAAAACACAAUUAUCUACCAUUGAUAAUGGAAUUGCUCAAAGUUUUAGCGAAAGAGGGUAAGCUCGUGCCACUCUUUCAAAAAGCCAAAGAACGUGCGAUUGAAAAAGAAGCGAGAAAAAAUAAAGUUUAAUACAAAGCUUUUCUGGAUUUUGUAAGGGAGCAUUUUCAUUAAUUAAGGAGUAUUUCAUUGGAUAAAGAUGUAAAAUUCUUCUCGCGUUGGCAUAUAAAUUGUCGAUAAUUUUUUAAAUAAAUUUACUUUUACGUA